UAAUCACCUCGUUGGCCUCGCACUAAUCUGUUGCUGAAGUACGGGUUCACCAAAUUUCUCGCCGAUAUAUCUCGACGAAUCAUUCACGAAGAUAGCGCGAUAUAACUGCGUACGAGACGAGUAGCGGAACUCUGUCCCCCUCCUUUCUCGAGAAAGAGAUUUGGACGUCUGGAACCCCUUUAAGUUACUACAAAAGAGAAGAGGAUUGUUCGCGCGUGUAACAUUUAGGUUACGCUUAUGAGAGCAUUUAACGGAUUAUCGUACACACGGGCGAGAUAAUGGAAAUGGAAGUCAUCUGUAUCUCUUCCGAUGAGUCGGACUCGCAAAAGGAAAACAAAAAGAAAUCAUCCCUUCUUAAAUCUGCAGAGAAUGGGAAUAGUUUGCAAACAAAGGCAGACAUUUCACCCAGCAAUGAUGAGAAAGUGGAGGAAAAUCAUUUCAAGAGGAAGAUAUCACAGAUAAGUGAAGCGGUAAGAUCUCUGUCUUGCAGUAAUGCAGAAAAGAGGAGGAAAUUAAGUAAGACAUCGGAAGUAGACGACAACAGCCUUGCUAAGCCUAAUUGUAUCUUACAAUCAAACAAGAAGCAAGAAGUAACAGUUGAAAUGCCAAAGUUGGUUGUGAAAGAGCGAAAAAAGAUAUCAUACGUCGCACACGACAUCUUUCCUCAAUUUAUAAGCCUGUGCUUGUCGAAAAGUCACGAAGGCGAUAUGGUCAAGAUAGUUGACAGAUUGAAAAGGAACUAUGAGAAACUAGACGCGGUUUAUGCCGGAUCAAAAAGUUUUGCCUUAUUUCUAAAUGACAAGCGUGAGGCCAUUGUAAAUAGUAAUUCGGGAUUAUUAUAUGUGUGCAUAGAGGAAGUUCUGAUUGAGAUGAGGAAGAUGAUUAAAGAACAGUCAAGAAGAAAGCCAACUAAUAACAGUAUCGCCUAUGAUGCAAUACCCUCUACUUCUUACGCCGCGAACAAAGUCAAUAAUACAGCGGAAUCAGAGGAUAAUGAGGAUGAUGAUACGUAUAUGAAAAGUGAAACAAGGAAGAAGAUUCAAAUUAUAAGGACGGCCAUGAAGAAAUGUGAGAUAAAAAUAAAGAAAUUUGAAGAGGCGGAAGUUGACUUUGACGAUGAAGCCGAUAGCAAUUAUAUAAAAAUGGAAAGGUAUAAACAGAAAAUGGUGGAAUUGUAUUCCAAAUAUUGCGAAUUAACCGGAUGCGAUGUUGAUGCCGGACGUUCAUAUUUACGCCCGAAAAAUAUAAGUACAACUCAAAUUGUUGCUGUGGACCAUGCAAUAACAAAUUUUAUUAACUCGAAGAUUUCUAAACGAAAUCAGCUGAAGAAUGGGAAGAAACUGGGAUCAUUUACAAACAAUUUGAUAUUCCCCGAUUACAGGGACAUAUUAGAAUGUGUUAGUAGGUGUAAUGAUAGGAGAAACUUGAGUUUAAAUAAAAAGAAACAGAAAAGCUUAGCGAAAAAGGCUUUUGUCGAAAUAGGAGAACUCCUACAACGCGCAAGACGAAAUGAUUAUUGGGACACUUUUUCGUUAUAUCUUGAGAACCAGGAAGAAGACCCAGCUAUAAAAGAUAAAGUAUUAGCGCAAAAACUAGCUCACAAUCGUAUCGAGGGUGACAAAAGACUAGCCGCGGUAUUCGAACAGUAUACGAAGAAACAAGAAGAACUCAAGGAUCAAGCUGCCGAUAGCGGAACAACUACGGAAGACGAGAGUGAUAUGGAUGACUACGAUAAGGAUGACGAUGAUAAGGAUGAAUACAAAGACAACGAUACUCAAUCGAUAUAUACCUUAAGUACUGAAGUUGACACUAGUGACGAAAACAUAGACGAAAUAAUACCGAACGACGUGUUGCCCGCAGAGAGAAGCAAGAGUCCUGCGAACGUGAGUCGAGAUACGUCCAGAAUUGCCCCGGGUAAAAUCGAGACGAGUGUCCCGCAAGAAAGAUGCAUCAAGAGAGCAGAAACGAAGACUUCAGCAAGAGAGAGUGACGUAUCUAAUAAAAGUCAGAGUAAGACUGUUAUCAUAGAAGAGAAGGUGAGCAGAGCAAUUGUAGUAUCACGGAACGCUAUCGGAACGGUUGCGAAAACGCCGGAGGACUCGUUACCGACUUCCACGACAAAUUGCGCCGAUACCACUGGUGAAACUGAAGAGCACGUAGCCGAAAUGAUGAUAGAGGAUGUGUCUAAAGUGAUAACAGAUUCCGCGGCGGAGGUGAUAUCCAAGGACGGUACGAAGGUGCUAAGGAAGAGCGCGCCGGAGAUAAUAACGGGAGACAUCGCGAAGGUAAAAGUAACAACGGCAGUCGUAGAAGAAGAGGUGACGGAAGCGACGGAGGAAACAGUAACCGAGGUGUUGAAUACGGAGGUGUCAGGCGACAAGCUUGCGGACGAUGCGCAGAGGCAGCCUUUACUGCGGGUGCGCUCAUUCGCGAAACCCCCCACAACCUGGGACGAUGGCCGACAAGGUAAAACGAGCAAGUCAGGUUCCGGUCAAGAAAACACACCAAAGACAAGCAGCCAAAAUAAGGACGUUAUCGAUCUAACGGACGAGUCCAGCGAGCCAGCGCCGGCGUCAGCUGGUGCUACUAAAUUCACGAUACAGCUCGGUAACAAGAUCGUUCCUCUAAGAAGCAAGCAUCAGACAUUGAUACUGCCGACGGGCAGCAACAUCAUCAGCGUGCAGAACAUCACGAACAAUUACCUGAAGGUAGACAUGCGAACCGGCGAGAUUAUCGCGCCCGUGCGCGAGGUUCAGCCGUCCAAGCUAAUCCGAGUACCGUCUACACAAACUGCCAGUACUGUUCGACAGGGUCAGCUGCAGAACGCAAGCGUCACCACGACGACGAGCGAGGGGCCCGCUAAGCGGCCCGAGACCGUGAAGCGCAACGAUAUCAUAAGGAUCCUCCCCAAGACGAUUGUCAUGAAGCAGCCCGACCGGAAGGUGAUCCCGAAGCAGCAGCAAGUGCGCGCGUUACCGUUGAUAAUACCCAAAUGACAUACAUACGAGACAUCGCGUGUUA